UUCCGGCCGGGCGGUGAGCAGAGAGCGGCGUUUCCGGCGGCACGCCGCUUGACGUAUCCCGGAGUGCCGCGCCGCAUGGGCUGAGGACAGUGCGGACAGUGCAUGGAGGGGUUUGGAGUCACUUGCUAGGAGUUUAUAUUCCUGCCACCCCAGCCAUCAUGGCAGCCCGCCUGGUGAAGCGAUGCACAUGCCUCCUGAGAGAAGCUGCCCAUCUGGCCCCGGCCCCGGCCCCUGCUGCAUCUCCAGUUGGCUGGCUUAGAAUCACCAGGGCAGCCCAUAAGACUCUAACUUCUUCCGCCACCUCACCUAGUUCCCACUUCCGAGGUUCCUUGACAGAGCUAGUAGAGAAGGAACCAAUGUUUACUCCCUACCCAGAGCCCCAGGAGGUAGACCGGCUCAUCGAGAAAGCCACCAGGCCGGAGCAGCUGCUGGAGCUCCUGGGCAGAGAUCACCACCUGUACCCCAACCACGCAGCUCUCAUACUCAUCCACCUCUCUCGCCUGCUAUCCAAGAAGCCAGAAGACAAGACCUCACUCAUUCAGGAUGCACGCUUCCAGCAGCUGCUCCAUCUCGUCAACAGUCAGCUAUCCUUGAUCUGGCACGGGACCCUCGUAAAGCUGCUGCGGAGCCUGUACAAACUGGCACUCCCCGAGGGCUCCAAAGAGCUGCAGUCCGUGGAGCAGGAGGUGCGCUGGCGCCUGCGGAGGCUCAAGUACAAGCACCUGGCCUUCCUGGCAGAGUUCUGCACUGCUUCCAUGCAGGAGCAGCACUCCCAGGAUCUGCUGGCCGAGCUGCUGGUGCACCUGGAGAGGCGCUGGACAGAAAUUGAGGAUGGCCGCAUGGUGGUGGCCAUCAUGACGAAGGCAGGGCACCUCUCUGAGUCACUAAUGAACCGUCUGGAAGACAAGUGCCUGGAGCUGGUGGAGCAGUUUGGCCCUGACGAGCUGCGGAAGGUGCUGGUGACACUGGCAGCUCAGAGCCGGCGGUCGGUGCCCCUGCUGCGGGCUGUCUCCUACCACCUGGUACAGAAGCCCUUCCCACUGACGAAACAUGUGCUCCUGGACCUGGCCUAUGCCUACGGCAAACUCAGCUUCCAGCAGACCCAGGUAUCCCAGCGCCUGGCCACUGACCUGCUACCCCUCGUGCCCAGCCUGACACCCAGCGAGGUGGCCCGUUGUGUUAAGUCUUUCGCCUUCCUCAAGUGGCUCAACCUACCCCUGUUUGAGGCCCUUGCCCAGCAUGUCCUGAACAGGGCCCAGGACAUCGCCUUGCCCCAACUGUGCAACGUGCUCCUGGCUUUCGCCUGCCUGAACUUCCGUCCGCAGCAAGAGGACCAGUUCUUCAGCCUGGUGCACGAGAGACUAGGGCCAAAGCUGGCUGGCCUCAAGCCAGCUCUGCAGGUGGACCUGGUCUGGGCGCUAUGCGUGCUGCAGCAUGUGCAGGAGGCGGAGCUACGGGCCAUCCUCCACCCUGACUUCCAUGCUCAGCUCUUAGGGGGCAAGUCUCAGAAGGAUCAGAUCACCUUCCAGAAGCUGCUUCAUAUCAACGCCACUGCCCAGCUGGAGCGCCCCGAGUACACAGGCCCCCUCCUGCCAGCCUCAGCCCUUUCCCUCAGAUCCCCAGCCCUUGACACAAAGGUGACCCCUCUGCAGAAGGAGCUGCAGGGCACCCUGAAGGGACUGCUGGGGAGCACUGACCAGGGCAGCUUCGAAGUGGCCACACAGUACGGCUGGGUGUUGGAUGCUGAGGUGCUACUGGACGCUGACAGCCAGUUUCUGCCCCUGAGGAGCUUCGUUGCACCACACCUCAUCCAGCCAGCUGGAGACAAGCCACUGCCUCCCGGGGCUAAGAGGCUGGCCUUCCUGCGAUGGGAAUUCCCCAGCUUCACCAGCAGAAGCAAGGACCUGCUGGGACGCUUUGUUCUGGCCAGGCGCCACAUGCUGGCUGCAGGCUUUCUGGUGGUGGAUGUCCCAUACUACGAAUGGCUGGAACUCAAGUCUGAGUGGCAGAAAGGCGCCUACCUCAAGGACAAGAUGCGCAAAGCAGUGGCUGAGGAGCUGGCCAAGUGACCUGGCCAGCAGCGUGGGAUGCAUACCCAGGGCCAACUGCCCAGAGUCCUUGUCAUGGGCACUGGGCAGCAGAGGGCUUUUGUCCUUGAGGAGAAACCUCCAUAUAAGACCUUGACCACAGUGUGGGUGGCCCAAGCACUAGGGCCUGUCCUGCGGGUAAUAAAUCUGGUUUUGGUGUUUGAUGUCAGGAGGUGUCCAGGCUCUGCCAGCCCCCUGACCUCAUGUGCUUCGUGAGCAGGGACUGACUCCCCAUGGUAUGGUCCUGUGCAUCCCCCGACCCCCUGAAAGACCCUGCUUGUCGAGAGCAGAGGAGGGACAGGAAAGUGGGCUCAGACCCAGGUCAUCUAUUGUCCUUGUCUUUCUGCUUCCCAUAGGGACAUAGGGCUCCUGUCCUUUGUUAUUCCCUGUUGCUUAGAGACUUGAGGUCAGCCCAUGCAGGUAGAGGGUACCCUAAGAUUCUGAGCCUCCAAGCCGAGGAGCUUCCAGAGAGGCCAAACGGAGUUCAGAAGGGGCUGUGGUCACUGAGCCCAUCAUCUUCAGAGUGAAGGGACCCCCAGUGGCUCUGGUGACAGGUGAUACAAGAGCAGAUGAGCUCUUGGGAGGAGCAGGAGAGGGAAACCACUGACUGAUGUGGGGGCCAGAUGUGGAGAAGCAGCAGGGUUGCCGCAGACAGCCUUUGGAGGAGCCUGAUUAAAGAGAACUCUGACAAUCCCUCUCAAGGUUGCUGCUGGGGCAGAGCUGUGAGCAGGGACCUGCCCCACCAUUCCCUGGAGAGCAGUCUUUCCCUCCUGCUGGAAGCCUGGCCUGCAGCCUGAUCAGCUGUGUGCUGUUCACUGGGAACUGCUCCAGCAAGCAAGACACAGGUCCUCCCUGGCAUGGGUGUUCAGGUUGCCACAGACAAGUGUCCCCUAACCUGGUAUGAGGGGCACAGGAUUCCCUCAAGGAGACAGUGGCAGCAAGCAUUGCAACUUGAUUCUUGGGGUGGCACAGGGUCUGCAGGGACAAGGUCGGGAGGGCUACCUGUGUAUCUAUUACUACGGAAAUAAAAGCUCAUCCUGUCCACCA